GGUGUCCCGGCGAGGUGUCCCGACGGUGCGGCCGCCGACCAGGAGUCGCAGCAUGCCCGGCCCGGAUGCGAGCCCGCCGACGGAUCCCGCCCCGAAGGCGCGCGGCCCCGAGGACGACGAAGGCUUCGACCUCGACGACCUGUUGCCGAUCGUCGGAGAAUUCGGUCGCUACCAGAAACGACUACUCUGGCUGGUCUGCCUGCCGGCAUGUCUGCCCUGCGGUUUCUGCGCGUUCAAUCAGCUGUUCAUGGCCGACACUCCGCCUCACUGGUGCAAGGUCCCGGGCCUCGAGGACCUGGACCCCUCCCAGAGGAGGAGGCUCGCCGUUCCCAUUCAGGACGACAACGAGACGUACAGCCAGUGCACGAGGUACGACGUAGACUGGACGGAUCCUGAAAACGUGGCCCUGGAUGCUCCCAAGCCGAACUCUUCCUGGCCGGUCGUGCCCUGCGACCGUGGCUGGGAGUACGACACCUCGGAGGUCGUCUCUUCCAUCGUCAUCGAUUUCGACCUAGUCUGCGAGCACGCGAUCUAUCCGACGAUCGGACUGGUCGCCUUGAACUCCGGAGGACCCAUCGGCGUCUAUCUGUUCGGCACUUUGAACGACAGGAUCGGCCGGCGGCUGUCGUUUUUCACGUGUCUGGCGACCCUCAUCGCCGGAGCCUUCUUCACGGCGAUAUCCAACAGCUUUUGGACGUGGGCGGCCACGAGGAUGGUCGUGGGAUUGACGAUACCUGCGAUCUAUCAGAUACCCUUCAUCAUCUCUCUGGAGCUGGUGGGACCGAAUUACCGAUCUUUCGUCACCGUUAUGACGUGUUCCUUCUACACGAUGGGUCUCUGUAUGCUCGCCGGAGUAACCUACCUAGUCCGAGACUGGAGAAUGUUGGCAGUGACGACCAGUGCGCCGUUUCUCUUUUAUUUCGCCUAUUGGUGGUUCCUUCCGGAGUCGCCGAGGUGGUUGCUGGCCAAAGGCCGCCUGGGAGAGGCCAACACCAUUUUGGAAAAUCUGGCUCGAACGAAUGGAAAGGAAUUGCCGAUUUCGUUUACCCAGAAACUUCGCCAGCGGAUGACGAUGUCGCGGUCCAAGAGCGAAGAGGAGAGGCUCAGGAAGGGGCCCGGCCUUUUAGCGCUGUUCAAAACGCCGAAUAUGCGACUCAAGACCUGCCUCAUCACCCUUAAUUGGUUCGCCAACAACAUGGUGUACGUCGGUCUGUCCUAUUACGGACCGGCUUUGGGAAGCGAAGAGCAUCUCAGUUUUCUUUUCUCCUCGCUUGCCGAGAUUCCAAGCUACAUCGCUUGCUGGAUAGUAAUGGAUCGAUGGGGUAGAAGAUGGCCCCUCUGCCUGUGCAUGGUCGUCGCCGGAAUCUCCUGUAUAACCACGGUGCUUCUGUCAGCCGACCAGGUAGUGGCCACGCUGAUCCUCUUCCUCGUCUCGAAGUCGGCCAUUUCUGCGUCUUUCCUUAUCAUCUAUCCGUUUGCUGGAGAACUUUAUCCGACUCAGCUGAGGGGAGUCGCCAUCGGAUUCUCGGCCUACAUCAGCGGACUUGGACUCAUCAUCAUUCCGUUCGUUACCUACCUUGGGAAGGAAAACUUAGUGUUGCCGCUCGUGAUCCUCGGAGUGGUUUCCGUUAUCGGAGGACUUUCUGGCCUCAGGCUUCCCGAGACUCUUCAUCAUCGACUUCCUCAGACCGUAGAGGAGGGUGAACUCUUCGGGAAAGAUUGGACCUUCGCCGAUUGCGUCCGUUGCGUGCCACUGAAGCCCUUAUCGCCGAGCACUUCGUACGAGGACUUGUCAGCCCGAGAGACAGUGGAGAUGCACGAGGUGCCAGAAAUGCCGGAAAUGCCGGAAAUCGAGGAACUGCCCCGAUCUGCUGCAAAUGUUCGCCGGUUGGUUCGACAAUCUAGCGUGAUGGACACGCAGAGGGACUCCGAUGGGUCCAUCAAGAUGACCUACUGGUUUUAG